AUGAUUGUCUUCUCUCCAGUGCUUUGGACUAUUAAAGAGGAAAGACUGGUUCAUGAAAUAAUAUUAAAUAAUAUAGACUUAGAUUUCUUUUCUUCCUUCCAGGACAAUAUCAUAUUAUUCUUGAGAGGUUGUAAAGAGCUCGGCCUCAAAGAAUCUCAACUUUUUGACCCGAGUGACCUACAGGAUACGUCCAACAGAGUAACAGUCAAGAGCCUUGAUUACAGUAGGAAGCUGAAAAAUGUGCUGGUGACCAUUUACUGGCUGGGCAAAGCGGCCAACAGCUGUGCCUCGUACAGUGGGACUACGCUGAACCUGAAGGAGUUUGAAGGCUUGCUGGCUCAGAUGAGAAAGGAGGCUGAUGACAUUGAGAGCCCUAAACGUAGUAUUCGAGACAGUGGUUACAUCGACUGCUGGGACUCCGAGCGCAGCGACUCCCUGUCUCCCCCUCGACACGGCAGAGAUGAUUCCUUCGACAGCCUGGACUCCUUUGGCUCCCGUUCCCGGCAGACUCCUUCGCCAGAUGUAGUCCUCAGGGGAAGCAGUGAUGGGAGGGGGAGCGACUCUGAAUCCGACCUGCCCCAUCGGAGGCUGCCCGAUGUGAAGAAGGAUGACAUGUCUGCGAGGCGGACGUCCCACGGUGAGCCGAAAUCAGCAGUGCCUUUUAACCAGUACCUCCCCAACAAGAGCAACCAGACAGCUUACGUCCCUGCGCCUCUGAGAAAGAAGAAGGGGGAGCGAGAGGAGUAUCGGAAGAGCUGGAGUACCGCCACCUCCCCCCUGGGUGGGGAGAGGCCCUUCAGCUAUCCUGAAACGAUAGAGGAAGAGGAAAGUGAAGUGGGGUCUCCUUGUGAAGAGGACCCCAUCAGUCAAAUGGACACCAGUGGGAAGCCUCCUGAUGGUGGGUCAGAAUUACCCACCAGCUGUGGGAAGGAGCAGCCUCCUCCAGAGGGGACUGUGGUGGCACCAGCUCCCAAGUCGGAAGAGAAAGCUGCUGCUGAAAUGCAGAAGCGCAGAAGGCUGGAGCAAGCCGGAAUCAAGGUCAUGCCAGCAGCCCAGCGCUUUGCCAGUCAAAAGCAAUUAAAUGAUGAGAAAGAAGCUGUUCGCAAUAUUAUCCUUCGUAAAGAAAACCCUUUCCUGGUCCACCAACACGGCAGAGAUUCAGAAUCAGAAGAUGAAGUUGCAUGUCGACUGCCUGAUCUUGAGAAAGAUGACUUUGCUGCUAGGAGAGCAAGGAUGAACCAGACAAAGCCAAUGGUGCCUUUGAACCAACUCCUCUACGGACCUUACCGGAAAAAAGAGGCAGAGAAAUCAGAUGGCAGCAAACAGCACUCAAAGGGAAUCUCAGAAAAGAAAACUCUAGAACAUAAAAGAAACCAGGGCCAGACAGAAGAGGUGAAGUCAAGGGUGAGCUGUAUUGUGCGGGCCCAGGAGAGUGAACCUGCGGAAGAGGGACUCAGGAAGGUGCCGGAUCUUUACAAGGAUGACCUGGCCCAGCGGAGAAUUCAGGGCAGGCCUGGCCCUCACCGUGAGGCCCCACGCUUUAUCACGGCUGCCAGGAUAACAGAAGCCGACCUGGAGACGUGGGAGAGGCUGAAAGUGUCAGAACAGACGAGAAACCUUUGGAACUUAUCUCCGGUUCUGACUAGGGAUGGAGAUGUGGAGCACGCGUGUGCCCCUGAGCCUUCAUCAGAAAUUAAAGCGGAAACUGCCAUCCGGGACGACUUUGCCAGCCGCAAGGCAAGGGCCUAUAAGAAAGCUUCCAGCAGCCCUAGGCAAAAGUUCGUGCACUUUGGACCAGUGACAGAGAUAGAUCAGCAGACGUGGAAGCGGCUCAGCAUUGGCAGGGCGGGGCCCAGGGAGAACGCAGAGGAAGGCAUCAGUCACACCCGCACGAUUCACACAUGCUCCGUGUCUGAUGCCUCAGCGGCCACGUCCAACUCAAAGGAGGACCGCAUGCUUAAUCCACAGAAUGGCUGCAGAACAGUGACUUCUGACGUAGAUGACUGUUGUAAAAGGGUCUCUCCGCUGGCUCCCGUGCCGGGGUCCCAGGAGGAGCCUCGCGUCAGUGCGGGCGAGGGCCUCAGGACAGAGGAAGUUACACGCAAACAGCAGCCACAGGAUGGCAAAGAAGAGACUGAAGGAGCUGCUCACAGAGACUCUGAGAUGGCGCCAACGGCCGAAAGACCCCAGGAGAGCGGCCAGCCGCUAUACGGACCGAGAACUCCUGUGUCUGACGACGCAGAGAGCACGAGUAUGUUCGACAUGCGGUGCGAGGAGGACGCCGCGGUGCAGCCGCACGGCAGGGCCCGCCAGGAGCAGCUGCAGCUGAUCAACAGCCAGCUGCGGGAAGAGGAUGACAAAUGGCAGGAUGACCUGGCUCGUUGGAAGAGCCGCAGAAGAAGUGCUUCUCAGGACUUAAUCAGAAAAGAGGAAGAAAGGAAAAAAAUGGAGAAGUUACUGGCUGGAGAGGAUGGGACAAGGGAACGAAGGAAAAGCAUAAAAACCUACAGAGAAAUCGUCCAAGAAAAAGAGCGCAGAGAGAGGGAGUUGCAUGAAGCAUAUAAGAAUGCACGGACCCAGGAGGAGGCAGAGGGUAUCCUUCAGCAGUAUAUCGAGAGAUUCACCAUCAGUGAAGCUGUUCUUGAACGCUUGGAGAUGCCAAAAAUCCUGGAAAGAAGCCAUUCAACAGAGCCAAACUUAUCCUGCUUCCUCAGCGACCCCAACCCUAUGAAAUACCUGCGGCAACAGUCACUGCCUCCACCCAAGUUCACUGCCACCGUGGAAACCACCAUCGCUCGUCCCAGCGUUCUGGAUGCCAGCAUGUCAGCAGGCAGUGGGUCUCCAAGCAAAACUCUCUCUCCCAAAGCAGUGCCUGUGCUGACGCCCAAGCCUUACUCCCAGCCCAAAACCUCUCAAGAGGUUCUGAAGACCUUCAAGGUAGAUGGGAAAGUCACCAUGAAUGGAGAGACGACUCAUGGUGAUGAGGAGGAGAAGGAAAGAGAGUGUCCCACGGUGGCACUUGCCCCCUCGUUGACCAAAUCCCAGAUGUUUGAAGGUGUGGCCAGAGUGCAUGGGUCCCCUGUGGAGCUGAAACAAGAUAGCAACAGCAUUGAGAUCAACAUAAAGAAGCCAAGUUCUCUUCCCCAAGAGCUGACAGCAACCACUGAAGAGACGAAAGCGAACAGUCAAGAAGAUGAAAACGAUGGUGAAGAAGCAGGAAAAGGGAAUACAGAAGUUGCCUCAUCAGAGCCACAGCUUUUUACAACAACUGUGACCAGAUCCAGCCCGACCGUGGCCUUCGUGGAGCUUUCCCCCAGCCCUCAGCUGAAGAAUGAGGUGCCAGAAGAGAAGGAGCCGAAGAACCCAGAAAAUGAGAUGAGUGGGAAGGUGGAGCUGGUGCUGUCCCAGAAGGUGGUAAAGCCAAAAUCUCCUGAGCCAGAAGCAACCCUGACAUUUCCAUUUCUAGAAAAAAUGCCUGAGACCAACCAGUCACCUUUGCCAAAUCUCAAUUCUCAAGAGUCGCCUGGCACUGCCGGCGUUCCGCUGAGAGUUCAGAACUCUUGGCGACGCUCCCGGUUUUUCUCCCGGUCAGUGGAUUCUCCAAGUAGUGAAAAGUCACCUGUAACUACACCUUUUAAGUUCUGGGCGUGGGACCCAGAAGAGGAGCGCAGGCGACAGGAAAAAUGGCAGCAGGAGCAGGAACGUUUGCUCCAGGAGAGAUACCAGAAGGAGCAGGACAAGCUGAAAGAAGAGUGGGAAAAGGCCCAAAAGGAAGUGGAAGAAGAAGAACGCAGAUACUACGAGGAGGAGCGGAAAAUAAUUGAGGACACUGUGGUUCCAUUUACUAUUUCUUCAAGUUCUGCAGACCAGCUCUCUACAUCUUCCUCCGUGACAGAAGGCAGUGGGACAGUGAAUAAGAUGGACUUGGAAAACUGUUGCGAGGGAGAACAAGAGACAAGACAGAAGAGACCAGUCCAGGAGGGUAACAGUGACUCCCUGCUGAAGACUAGGGGAGGCGAUCCACUGGAGGAGAAGGGCAGCAGCCUAACUCAAGGGGUCGUGACUCACUCUGAGAACCCUGCCCCAGAAGGCAUCUCGCUGCAGCUGGAUACAGAAGCUGGGGCCCCACACCAUGGGGUGAACCCACAGCGCGCUCAGGAUCCAUCCCAGAAUCAGCAGGUAUCAAACCCACCGAUGCACAUUUUAGAAGAUGUGAAGCCAAAAACCCUUCCAUUGGACAAAAGCAUUAACCAUCAGAUUGAGUCUCCAGGUGAAAGGCGGAAGAAAAGCCCUCGAGAGAACUUCCAGGCUGGGCGCUUGUCCCCCUGCUCCCCCACCCCUCCUGGCCAGUCACCAAACAGGUACAAGAGGUCUGUAAGUGGAAAGAAGCUGUGCUCUUCGUGCGGGCUUCCCUUGGGCAAAGGCGCUGCUAUGAUCAUUGAGACCCUCAGUCUGUAUUUUCACAUCCAGUGCUUUAAGUGUGGAAUUUGUAAAGGACAGCUUGGAGACGCAGUGAGUGGGACGGAUGUUAGGAUCCGAAAUGGUCUUCUAAACUGUAAUGACUGCUACAUGCGAUCCAGAAGUGCUGGCCAACCCACAACAUUGUGACGUGGUUGUUCAAGCUUCCGGAUCACUCACCAUUUCCUUCCCGAGGGUGUCCCCCGGCAGUUGUUUAACAAAGCCCCGAGUUCAGGGGCUCCACAGCAUUCAUCUGAUUUCUGAAAGGCUACUUUAAAAGAUGGUAUCUGUUCUUUUGUAGCACAGUGUUCAUGUUUUUCCUGGUUUCCUUUUUUUUUUUUUUUUGGCAUUUGCACAGUAUAUACAAAAGAAUAUUGAAUUGUAAUGAUCCUGAAUAGUUCAAAAAGAAGAGGUCUUAGCAUGGUCAAACAGGCUUAUGGUUUAAAAUAUGUUAUUCUCUUUUUUUUUUUUUGGAGUUAAUGAGAUAAAUAAUGCAAUAAACCUGUUUGGGUUUUUUUUUAGCAUUUCUAGGAAUUAAACAUUUUAUGUUUACAGAAUUGAGCUGCAGAAAAUGCAGGACAUGCCAAUUUGAGACAUGUGGUCUUCUGAGUCAGGAGCAUACAAUUAAUGCAUUUCAGAAACUAAAAAUCACACCAUCUAGCUCUGAGCUAUAACUUGUUUUUACUGCAAAGUCACUAGGCUGAUAAUAUAUACUGUAAUCUUGAAACAUUUGUGUUACUUACCUUUUGAGGUGGACGUCAUACCAAUAAAUUAUUGUACCGUUAGUAUUAGAUUCUGUGUCCUUUGGGAAUUAUGCCAUUGAUAUAGGCUGAACCAUCAAAUAGAGAGAACCCUUGUAAUAUUGGCUAGGUUUACACUCUGGGGCAUUGCCCAAGGGUAGGAAGAAACCAGAGGGACAUAAUUCAGUCAUUAUUUCCAAAGUUGCUACCAAAAUCCGUGAAGAAGUUUAAUCUUCCAAAGAGUGGUGGGUCAGUGAUCGCCGAGGGCUUCGUUGCUCGCUUCUCUUCCUGCUCUAAACUCAAUAAAAGCCUCCGUGUGGGACGUAUGGAAGCUGUCGUCGAGAUCAGCCCAGCAUUAGGUGUGACCCCUGCUCACCCUUGCCUGCAAGUUCUCCUUGGGGGCUGAAGCCCGGGUCUGAGUCCAUCCAAACAGAAUCCAAUGGCAUGCAAUGUGAGAAGCCACUCGUGUGUGAUCAGCAAGAAACUUCCACUCACAUUGUCCCUGCCCAUCCCACUGGAUACCUACCUGCUCUCCCUCACGCCAUCCAUCACCAGCUCUCCUGACUUCUGGAAUGUCAGAACCAAGAAUUCUGAACCUUGCUCAUGGAGAAGUUUAGCAAGGAACUCUUGUGGAGGGCUGGUUUAUUUUUUGCCCUGUGUGAUGAGUUUCAUCUGGCCAAGAAAGGAAUCAAGUUAUUAAAAAUCAUCCCAUGUUAGAUCUCCAGGCUGUUUUCCUGAAGACUGGGGAAAGGGGGACUAAUUUAUUCUGCCUUAAAAUGAUGGCAAAUAAGUGAAGAUGACAGAUGACAUUUUGUGAAUGAAGACUCUGGAUAUACUCCUAAUAGGUUAAUGUAGUCAUAAAAGAUCAAGUAGAUGUUUUUCUGUUACGUAAGCAAUAAUUUUUUUUUCUGUGUCUUAUUGAGUAUGGCUAGCAGUUAUUUAUUUACUUGCUAGACGGUUCUCUGCAUGCGGGUUCCAUGUAAGUGCAGAAAUUUCCUCAGCCACUGGAGAUAGUUUGGCCAUUUUGUUAUUUGGACGGGUUUGUUGGUAGAUUGAAAUUUACACAUCAUUUCAUUAAAAAUUGUGCCUUAGAAAAUGCAAAGCUGUUGCACAUAGUGAUGAAUUAUGGAUGCAGUACAUUGAAGAGAGAUGAAGUCACUUCCAAGUUCUCAAGACUUCUCAUGGAGGUGUUGGCUGCUUUACAGGGGAAUAAAUUUAAAAAAAAAAGAAAAAGAAGAAUUGAAAACAUUUUGAAAAUGUACAGAUUAAGUCCAAUAUUUUGAUUAACCACCUGCAUGUUUUAUUAAGUAUUUUGAUAAUAUGAAUGUUUGCACUUUGCAUGAUAUUAGAAGAGUACUUCACCACCAAUAAUGCACAAAACAUGUACAAUAGAAUCAUUCAUAACCGAUUUUUAUAGAAUACUUUUUACAUGUGGAACUCCAUCCGUUAUGUAAGGAUUAUAUGAAUAUUGCACAUUCUCUUCUGGUUUCACAAACCCAUUUAUACAUAUUUCUUAGUGAGACUCAUUGUACAUGUAUUGAAGCUAGAAUCAAGUCAAGAAAAAUAAAACCCCAUUCUCCAACUGCGAAAUGUGCUUUUCCAUAAUGAACAAUAGUCACCAGCACAGAAUAAUCUCCAACAUUUUCUAAAUUCUAAUUGCCAACUGUUUCUAUUUAUAUUUGAUUUAUAUUUCAUUUGGAGUCUGUUACAUGGCAGCUCGGGCAGACUAGAUCUUGUUUUUUCCAAUGCAGCAUAAUGAGUAUGAUCUAUUUCUUUUCAAAUAAUCUUUGAGAUCCCAGGAAAAAAAAAAUGCUGUGCUCCGUUGAGCUACAAUGUAAAUGUGUUUGUUUAAAAAACAGAUGAGGCAAGUGAGUGAUUUAUUGUUCCUGAGGAAGUAUAUCUUUUUUUUUUCUUAUAUUUCAAAACCUAGUCUCUUCUUAAGGGAAAAAAAAAAUGGGUAACUCUGUUUUUCACUUGCAAACUUUCAUGACGUGUUCAUUCUUUCUGUGUAGUGUUAUUAAUGCAAUACAUACUAUAGUUAUCUAUACACAGUGUAAGACUUAACAAGCUGAAAUGAUCCACCUCAUAUGUGAGUCCGUCCAAACAAUGUUACUAUUCUGGGUGGGCCAAUGUUCUGUAUCAGUUACACUAACCUUCAUUUAAAAUAUUUAUUCUAAAAUGACUCUGAGAAAUAGUAAAAAAAAUAAAAAAUAAAAAGUUGUCUAAAACGCAACAGCUUUUAUAGUAAAUGUACAUUUAUAAAUAAAAUACUCAAAUUAA